UUCAGUGAUGGAUAGUCAUGGACAAAAACGAGACGUUCUUCGAGGAGCAUGAGGGGAACACCCAGAAGAAUUUAAUUCAUCCCUGACAUGUAAUAGACAAUUCAUUCAAAUCAAGUUAAGGCUUCAUGAUUAAAUAACACGGUAAUGCCUCCAGCAUCAGUAGCACAAGGAAUAAUUCCUAAUUCAGACGCAGGUUUGGGAUUAAGUUUUCUGCUGGGAGCGGACUAUGAAAGGAAAAAGCAGAAACUUAAGGAGGAGCUUCAACUGGAUUACAAACAAUAUAUUGCCAAGAUAAAGGGUCUGAAAACUAGCAAUCCUCGCCCACGUCCACAGGGUCUCUCCCUACCUAUUGAUGAGAAGAUAUUGGCUAAGGAAAAACUAAGAGAGGAGAGAAAUAAAGAAUACAACCUCUUCCUCCAGGAUCAAGCUCAAAUCAGAAGGUUAAAGAGAGGAGCACCUCCUAUCGCUUCUAAGCCUGGCCAAGUUCAAACUUCAGAUGCCAUGUGCAUUUCUCCUCCGGCUUCUCAUCUGUCCAUCUUCAACACCCACACAAACAUACCCACCCCUCACAGGAGAGAUGCUGCCACUCUGACUGAGGCAGUGGAUAUAGGAAAAAGCACAGAGCCUUGGGAUCCAGGCCAUCGCCCACGAAGGCCAUGGCAACUCUACAGACCAAAAGAACCCUAUAGCUCUGAGGAGGAGCUAAUUUCUGACAAAGAUGAGGAGGUCAGACACAGAAGCAGAAAAGACAGCCACAGUCCAGAGCCUGAGUACAAAGUGGAGAGAAGAAACAGAGAACGCUUUCAGAAAGUUCACAGAGCUCCUCAGGACGUAAAAGAGGUGGAGGCCCCUGGUGUCCAUCAUCAGAACAGCAAUGAUUGGGUUUGGAAGUCAGACCUGCAAAUGCCAGACAGCACGAGAAUGACUACAAGAACAAGAAAUGCUAUCAGAAAGGAUCAAGCUGAAUUUGCUACUGGACUAAUGAUUGGGGCAAUAGAAGAGCAAACAGCCUCUCAAAUAAGGAAAGAACAGUAUAAGCAGGAGCUUCUGAAACAAAUAGCAGAACAGCAGAGAAACAAGAUGAGGGAGAAGGAACUUGAACUGAAGGUUGCAGCCACUGGAGUCACAGACCCUGAGAAAGAGCCUGACAGAAUUAAGCAGUUUGGGAUUGUAAAUCGACAAUAUGACAGCUGGAGAUGGGACAGAGGGAAAGACACAAAUCUGAGGCCUAAAGAUGACAAAUCCGUUGAAGACACAGAACAGAGAGGCCCCCCAGGGAAGUCCCAGGUGUACUACAGCCCAACUGUCAAUCAGCUGAUAAGAAAGACAGUGCCUGAGUCUGGGAUGGAAUCAGCACAAGGUGUCCCGUCAUUGGACUAUUUUAAUGAAGACUAUCACAGGGACUUCUCAAACAUGCUAGGAGAGGUUGCCAUCCCGAGGGUUGCAGCUGUUCUUCCUCCAGUACCUCCCACUGUAGCAAACCAUUACAAGACUCCAUACGAUGCAUCCUAUUACUACUAUGGAAGAAGAGAUCCACUGGACCCUUAUCUUUCUCACUAUCAAAAUGGUCUACCUGGAGGGGUGCAGCAGUCUGGGAGUUCAAACAGCCUUUCUGAGCGAGCACCUCCUUUCAGACUCAAUGACCAUACUGAAGCACAUGACCAGCACAGAGCUUCUCUGCUGGAUGUUGGAGAGGUUCCUGCAGACAGGUCCAAGCAGAAGCGAGAGAGUGCACUGAGCUACCCAGAAGCACUCAGACAGCAGAUCAAAGAAAGAGAGGAGCUUAAAAGAAGGGAGAAAGAAGAGAAGGAGCAAUAUGAGGCCAAGAUAGAGGCUGAGAUGAUGGCAUACAACCCCUGGGGGAGAAGUGGGGGAGGCGCUCCAAUCAAAGACCAAAAAGGCAACCUUUUUAGUGACCUGAAUCAAAUGCACAGGAUCAUUGAGGAGUCUUAUAGGAAUCCUGUGCUCACUAAUAGUGGACAGACACAAAAGGUUUUGAUGAGGAAUGGACACACUCUUGAAGCUGAAGCCAGGAAUCCCCUUUCCCAUCAGCUAUCAGGUUUUAACAAUCAGCCAACUUCGCAACAGCUCCACAGGCAGGACAGCUAUAAAGAAGCCCUGAAACAACAGAUAGAGGAAAACAAGAGAAAACAGGCAGAGGAGAGAGAACGAAGGAGGGCUGAGGAGGAGAAAGAGGAGAAGAGGCUGGCAGAGCAAAGGGCUCGAAUACAGUGGGAAUAUGAGGAAGAGCAAAGGAAGCAAAAGAAGAGUUUGCACAGACUGGAGAACCAAAGUUGGACCCAUGAAGCUAAAACACGACAAGAGAAGGAAAAGAGGGUGCGACAGGAACAAGAGACAGAGAAAACAAUUCCUGAGAGCACUGGGGACAGACAGGAGAAACAGUCACAGCUCAGUUAUAAGAGAGAACCAUCUCCUCCUAUCCCAACCAUGCAGAACAAGCUGACAAACCCUAUGACCUUCAGACCUUUCUCUGCUGUGAGCCAGUCCUCCUCCAGGACUGUGCACUGUGCAUCGGCACCACACUACAGACGAGUCCGGCCAAAAAUACCCCCGCUGCAAAAUGGUCAACAGGAAGUGAUCAGAGAGCUGUCAGGCCUCUGCAGGUAUCUAAGGGAAGAGCAGAGACAAAUAGAGGCUCAGUUGGGCCAAACAGAUCGACAGGAGAGUCACUUCACUCCCCCCAGCAGGCACAGAGGACGACCCAGGGUGGAUGCCUCUGAAUCGGUGCACAUAAAAGUUGACCAGCAGACAACUAGGAGACCGUUCUCUGAUGCUGCAUGUGUUAACAUGCAGAACAUCAGGGAGUUCAACCAGCUUAAAUACAGAGACACAGCAUCCCGUGAGGAGUUCCUUCACAUGUACCCUGACCCUCCCACUGAUGCACAGAGUCUGGACAUCCAGCAGCAGGCGCUUCUACACGAACAACAAAGCAAAAUCAUGCGUAUGAAGAAGGAACAAGAGCAUGAUAUUUUGGACCAGCAACUGAGCCAAUAUCCUAGGAACAAACCUGGGCGCUUCAUCCACAGUGACACCUUGUUGCCAUCUGACACUGCUUUCAUUGAUCUUUACAGUGGCAAUCCAAGUGAGGAGCGUGUUACUCACCAGAGACCCCCUCAGCCCCCAGCAGAACCCCAGGAGAGGACAGCACCAUGGAGGAGACAUGACUAUGAUGGCGUGGCUGUUUCCAAAAAUCAGGAGGAGCCAGAAGCUCAGUCUCUACAGUCGUCAGCUGUAGAGACUGAGCUGAACGGUGAGGCUAAGGUCAGAGCCCACAACUUGCAACACAUCAGGAGACAAGACUCAUACACUGGUGAACACAAUGGCACAUCAGAGGGGCUGUGCAGUGAUGAAGUGGAUGUCUUGUCUCUGCAUUCUGCCCUGGAGAGCCGUGUCUCUGUGGAGACCGUUGCCACAGAGCCCUGGCUACGGCCCGGCACCUCACAGGCUUUAAAACGCUCAGGCAGUAGACAGAGGCCAAACAGCAGGAUGGACACUCGGCCCUGGAUAACAGACCGUGGCAUGUAGCUCCCAUCAGCUGGACUCCUGAGAUUAAUACCCCACCCCCUUUUCUGCAGAUGCAGGUUGUGGUUUUCCUGCAAACAGAUAUCCAUACUUACAUGUUUAUUGUAGGUUAAUGGCUUAGAUUUAGCCCAUGAAUGUCUCAGAAGGGACAUACUGUAUCUGUGACUGUACCAUAUACAUUUGCAUAUUUUAAUGUAGUUUGUUUUAGUUGUAAAUAGACACUGUAGUUUAUUUUCUAAUAAAAUGUUAUUAUUCUGAUGUUGUCAUGGCUGAUAAUGUAGACAGCUAAUAGUUCUAUCAUUUAGGCAUCAGAGAUCCAGCAUUUCAGAUCAACCAAGUUGAAAAACUUUGACCUAGAACCUGAUUAGAAUGCCAGGUGAUGUAUUGUACAGAAAGUUGUACAUAGUCUUUUUUGCAACAUAGAAAACUUUACAUUGCUGUAUCAUAUACAUUUUGUUUUCUACAUCCAUGAGCAGGA